AUAAAGAAGAAGGUUGUCAAAUCAAUGACAAAGACUGAAAAAGAAGAGGAAAAUUCCCUUGCUUAUAAAACAGUUAUUCAGAUCUCUUCAAAAGACCAACUUAACAUUACACUGUCAAAGUGUGGUUUGACCAUGCUUAAUAAUUUGGCAACGGCAUUUACUGAAGCUGCUGGCCAAUCCAGUGAUGUUUUUCAGAAAGACCAGGCACCUUUUAAAGUAACGAAUUGCCUAGGACUUGAUGCUUCAGUUUAUCCCAGUGAUUCAUUUAUCAUCAUUGGCAAACAUCAAAAAAUACCUUAUGAACUUAGAAAUGGAGAAUUUCUCAACAUGGAUUACCAACAAACCAGUAAUGAAAAGGAGCGGCUGUCAAACUUGACUAAUGCAAGCAGCAAAUUGUUUUACAUUUUGUUGACUCCUGAAGGCCACACUCGUGCAGAUAAAAUUCCAUUAACUAAGUUAGGUCGUCGACUGUACACUGUUAUGCAUGAAGAAUCGACUGUUGAACGAUCCUUUGUAUGUCAGAUUGAUGCUGUACAAGGAAGAAAAAAAAUAACAAUCCGUUCUCCUGUUCAGAUAAAGAACCAUUUUUCAGUCCCUUUCAAUGUAUUGGAAGAUUUGGAGUCUUAUCUGAAGAUACUUGGUACAAUACAGCCAAAUGAAGAGUUCAAUGUUCCUCUGCUCUCUUAUAGGUUAGAUCUCUGUCUAAGCAUUUUAUUUU